CUUAAAAUUGAUCCUCAGCAUUUCUCUAUCCUGCAUUUGUUAAUCCAAUCUCAUUCCCUCCAGACAAAAAUGGACAGGUCUUAUGACGGAGAGAUGAGCGAGAGCGAGAUCUUCCGAGCCCACGCUCACGUAUGGAGCCACACUUUCAACUUCAUCUCCUCCAUGUCCCUCAAAUGCGCCAUCGAGCUUGGCAUCCCCGACGCCCUCCACUGCCGCGGCCGCCCCAUGACCCUCCCGGAGCUUGCCGCAGCGUUGUCUGUCCCCGCCUCCAAUGCUGCCUUCCUCGGUCGCCUCGUGGCCGUCCUCGUGCACACCGGCUUCCUCUCCCGCCAGAAGCCCGCCCCUGAAAAAAACCAAAUAUCAGAAGACGAGGCCGUGGAACUAGGGUUUGAGUAUUCUCUCACUCCAGCUUCAUAUGCGAUUGUGAAGGGCCAAUCCUUGGACUUGUCGCCGAUUGUACUGCUCACGCUUGACCCGAUAUUCGUCGACCCAUUUCACUGCAUGAGCGAGUGGCUCAAGAGCGACAGUGAGAUCGGCUUGUCAUCGUCACGGACGCCCUUACACAUGAAGCACGGGAAGAGUAUGUGGGAGAUCAAGGUCCAAGACGAGAAGUUCAACCGGUGCAUGAACGCAGCGAUGGCGAGCGACGGGCCAGUGAUUGCGAGGCUGAUGAUGGACAAGUGUGGAAGGCGGCUGUUUGAGGGGCUGAGGACGGCCAUCGAUGUUGGGGGAGGGAUCGGAGGGCUGGCAAGGGAGCUGGCGGAGGCAUUCCCGGAGAUGGAGUGGACGGUGCUCGAUCUGCCCCGCGUGGUGGCUGACUUGGAAGGGACGAGGAAUUUGAAGUACGUUGGUGGUGACAUGUUUGAGGCUAUUCCUCCGGUGGACGCUGUUUUGCUCAAGUGGGUAUUACACGAUUGGAGCGACGAAGAGAGCGUGAAAAUACUAAAACUAUGUAAGGAAGCAAUUACAAAAAAUCGCAAAACGGGGAAAGCAAUGAUAAUAGAAGCGGUGAUAGGAGAUGGACCACAGGACGGCGAAACGAUGAAACUCUUCUAUGACAUGAUUAUGAUGGUGGGUACCACAGGCAAAGAGAGGAAUGGAAAAGAAUGGGCGAAGCUCUUUCAAGAAGCCGGCUUUAGCGACUAUAAGAUUACUCCUUUGGAGGGUUUUAGAUCUCUCAUUGAGGUUUAUCCUUAAUGCUUUCGAAAACAAGUGAAUCAAUUGGUGCCUCAACGCCAAUCUUGGAUUUCUCAUUCAU